AUGAAUGGCACACAAUCCCCCGACGCCCAAAAGGCAUCAAAUGCCAACACCAACGGAGGCAACAGUAACAAUAGCAGUCUUGCAGCCAAGAAGCGGAAGAAGGACCUGAAGCCGAUCAUCACUAUGGAGGGUACAAACCAACCAGCUGGCUGUUGCUGCGGAUAUGAGACCAGAUCCACAACUUCCAUGUGCCUUGUUAUGAGGGAAACAGAUACUGUUUUUAGGAAGGAUCAAGCACCAUUCCAUUCAUAUCGCCAAAAUGGACACUCAACGAAUAUGGCGCGGCAUUGCAUCACCAUACAGAAGCAGUGA